CGGAUCCGGCUGUUAACCAAGACCCGAACACAAUCCUUCCAAAUCGUUCCGUUCAAACCCUCAAAACCUUUCCAUUCGGUCUCGAUAUCUUCAGCUCUGAUCUUCUACAAUGGCUGACGAAGCUAACAGAACUGCAUUUCUAGAGAUUCAAGGUCGCAUGAUUGAGCUCACUGGCAAGUUGAAACAGGUGCAAAACCAGAUGCGAAACAAAGAAGGUGAAAAGAAGCGUGCUUUUCUAACCUUGGAAGAGCUAUGCCAAUUGUCUGAUGAUACCAAUACAUACAAAUCUAUAGGACGAACGUAAGUUUUGGAUAAUCUAAAUGAGAGCCAAUCAUGAUUCAUUGCCUUCAGGGAAUAUGUGAUGUCAACUGAUGAGAUUUUGCUUUUGCAUCUCUUGUCUGCUACACAGGUUUGUUUUAGAGCCUAAAUCAGCUUUAAUGAGUGAGCAGGAGCAGAAGCAGAAGGAUAGUGAGUCUGCAAUUGCAUCGUUACAGACAUCAAAGGAAUAUUUGGAAAAGCAGAUAGCUGAAGUUGAGAACAAUAUGAGGGAGUUACUGCAGCAGGAUCCAGGCCUUGCUCGUCAAAUAAUGUCCAUGAGUGUAAUCUAAUGGUAGUUUCUGUUGCACUGUUUUAAUUAUUAUUUGCUCCUAUUUGCCAUUUUGUGUCAACAAGGACAUCUAUGUUCUCCUUGCUUUUGUUGUAAUUGCAUUUCUUUUGUCACUUUUGGUCAAAUAUUCAUCUUUAAUACAUUUUUUGGGUGUUU